AAUUGUUUCAUUGUCAGUAAAAAUUUGAUACACGUGCUUCAUAUAUUCGAUAAAACAUACUUUUUCAAAAUAUUGAGAAGAAUAUAUAUCUAAAUGCAGGGUUAUGUCAUCAUCGAAAAAUAUUUGAAAUCUUAUUUAUUAUAACAUUGAGAAAAUAAAAUGGCGAAAUCAAUUCGUAGUAAAUGGAAAAGAAAGUGUAGAGCAGUUAAAAGAGAACGUUAUGGAGCAAAAGAGUUAGAAAGAUUAAAAAAGACAUUGGGUAUCAAAGAAAAUGGUACUCAAGAUGUUGAAAUGUUGGAAAUAUCAGAUAUGGUUACAGUUGUUGAUGCCAAAAAAGUAAAAGAGAAUUCAAAAACAAAAGAUGGUGCCGAAGCUGAUACUAUUGAGAGGAUGGAAGUAGAUAAUGGUGGCAGGGUAUAUAAUAAGCGAACAAUGCUAGAUCAGUAUGGUAAUUAUCCAGUAUGGAUGAACAGACGAAAAAUUGCUAAACAUAAAAAGGGUAGAGCUAAAUCAGAAAAAGGAAACACAAAGCCACACAAAAGGUUAACUAGGAGACAGAAAAAAGCAGCAAAACAAAAAUAAAUUUAUAUAAAAUUGAUACUACUGAUUAACGUUAUCUUUUUCUUUUAUAUCUGUAAGUAAUGGAAACAAAUUUUACUAUUAUAAUAUAAUAAUUUCAAUUUUCUCAUAUAAA